AUGAUUCUCGACCUCCUCUUCUCGCCAUGGGCGCUGCUCGCCCUGCCUGUACUGUACUAUCUGCUGCCGUACUUGCGCGACAAGUCCAUCCGCGACGUUCCCGCGCCCUUCCCCGCUCAGUUCUCCAACCUCUGGCUGCUGUGGCAGGUUCGCAAGGGAUGCCGUUACCUAGCCGUCCACGAUGCCCACAAGAAGAUGGGCAAGCUUGUGCGCAUCCAGCCGCAUCAUGUCUCUAUCGCCGACGUCGAUGCUAUCCCGCUGAUCUAUGGCCACGGCAAUGGCUUCCUCAAGAGCGAGUACUACGACGCAUUUGUCUCCAUCCAGCGCGGUCUCUUCAACACGCGUGACCGUGCCGAGCACACCCGUAAGCGCAAGACGGUCGCCCACACCUUCUCGGCCAAGUCGAUCGGCCAAUUUGAGCAAUACAUGCACGGCAACCUCGAGCUGCUGGUCAAGAAGUGGGACGAAAUGGCAACAGACGCGUCCGGCAGUUACGCCCAGAUGGAUGCUCUGCACUGGUUCAACUACCUUGCCUUUGACAUCAUUGGUGACCUGGCCUUCGGUGCCCCCUUCGGCAUGCUGGAGAAGGGCAAGGACUUUGCUGAGGUGCGCGAGAGCCCUGAUGCUCCCCCGAAGACGGCCCCAGCCAUUGAGGUUCUGAACCGGAGAGGAGAGGUUUCUGCUGCGAUUGGUUGCAUGCCCUGGAUCAAGCCGUGGGCUAAGUACUUCCCGGAUCCCUUCUUCUCCAAGGGUGUUGAGGCUGUCGAAAACCUGGCCGGUAUUGCCGUGGCGCGCGUCAAGCAGCGGCUGGACAACGCGGACAAGAUCGACCGUGUGGACCUGCUGGCACGUCUGAUGGAAGGCAAGGACGAGAAGGGCGAGAAGCUGGGCCGCCAGGAGCUGACAGCUGAGGCGCUGACCCAGCUCAUCGCCGGAAGCGACACCACCAGCAACACGUCCUGCGCCCUGCUGUACCACUGCCUGCGUAACCCGCAAGUCAUCACCAAGCUCCAGAAGGAGCUGGACGCCGCCAUCCCCAACAUCGACACCGUCCCGGAGUUCUCCAUGGUUAAGGAUCUGCCAUACCUCGACUCAGUCAUCAAGGAAACCAUGCGCAUCCACAGCACCUCGUCGCUCGGCCUACCGCGCAUGGUCGUCGGCACCGGCGUAACCGUCUGCGACCACUACUUCCCGGCCGGCACGGUCCUCUCGGUGCCUUCGUAUUCGAUCCACCACUCGACCGAGAUCUGGGGCGCCGACGCCGACGAGUUCCGCCCGGAGCGCUGGGCCUCCAUCACCGACCGCCAGAAGCAGGCCUUCAUCCCCUUCAGCUACGGGCCCCGCGCCUGCGUCGGCCGCAACGUCGCCGAGAUGGAGCUCGCCCUCAUCGUCAGCACCGUCUUCCGCCGCUACGAGUUCGAGCUGCGCCAGGGCGAGAUGGAGACGCGGGAGGGUUUCCUGCGGAAGCCGUUGGCGCUGGAGGUGGGGAUGAGGAAGAGGGUUGUGUGA